AUGGCGCCUGUCGGUGCACAAAUCGUCAAGGCUGCUAACCGCCCUGCUGCUGCCGACAUGUCAGUCGACUCAUACGCCUUUGGUAGCAGUAAUCGUCGUGCCAAGCAGCAGUCUUUGUCAGACUUACAACCGCUAGACUUCGUCGAUGAUUCACAUUCUCGACGUUCACCAGCAGCGCCAUCCACAUCACGACAUGCGACAAUACAGUCUCGCGAUAGCAGCCAUGCCUCUUCGAUCGACGAUAUCGACGACUACCUUCCCGACCUUCCCGACCUUCCCGACCAUCUCGAACCAGUCCUACUGCAUCGACAGUACGCUCGUCAAUACGAUGACCAGUCCGCCCUUUUCGGCGAGCGCGACCCGUCAAUGUCGGAGCACGUACGUCAGCUCGACAACGAGCCAAUAGACGCCACUUCAGCACACGAGUUUGCCGCUCGAGCAUUAUUCUCAUCCGCCUCACAACGCUAUUCGCUACCAUCCACUUACCCAUCCAGCAUUGCUUCUUCAUGGAGCAGACCAGAACGCAGUGUCUGGUUCCAGCAGAAAGCCAUCAUCAUCACUUCCAUCUUCCUUGCCAUCUUCAUCGUCCUCUUCAUUGGUGCCGCUGUCUUCUUGCGCGAGAGGAAGUUCGAUGAUCAACUUGCAGGCUUGGACGACGAAGAGGCACUAGCACGUAUCGAAGAGCGCAUGACCAUCGGUCGAUUCUCUGAUCCUACAGAGAAAGACUCUGGCAUGCCUGGUGCGAGAUUGAAGCGGAGAUUAGGGAUAGGUAAGAAGCCCUCUCAGAAGGACGGUAAUGAUCAGCAUUCUGAUGAUCCUUCGUCUGGCUCAUCGAGUGCUGUCAAACGCCACAGGCAUCUCGUUUCGCGUUGGACUAGGAGUAAUCUGCGCGGUAGUAACGAGACGGCUCGUGGCACAAGCGAUGGUACUUCGAUUCCAUCUAGUAGGUCGCCAAGACGUCUUGCGCUGGGCGAUCCUCGUGCCCAGGAGGAGUCGGUCGAGAUUACCUAUAAUAGCGACGGUGCCGAGAUUUCACGUGUCGUCAAUGGCGAGACUGGUGAUUCGGCUAGUAGGGGACGAGAAGCAAGCAGCGCAAGAACGGAUGGUUCGACUACUCUCAACGAUGGCAGUCCUACUUCAGACCUCCUUGCCAAUCGACCUCGUUCACCACCACCACCACAUCCGGACAGCGGUACACAGAGGCAUGCCGAUCCGUCUUCUUCCGAAGGCAGAUCUUCGUCCAAUCCCGACACCCAAGGUGGUAACAGCAGUAGCAACAUUGUGGAGCCUCAUUCGCCUCGACGCGUUCUGUUGGACGACAGCGACUUCCAAGCAGCCGAUGCACACGAUGACAUGCGACACAUGCCUCCAGCUUACAUUCCCUCCGGCUCUGGUGGCGUCUCUAGCUCAAACUACGACGGUACAGCGCUUGCAGCCGUUUUGUCGAGUGGCGAUGCUAAGAACGGCUUCCCGCCUCCCGAGGAGCGUGAUGCUACGGUGCCGACUGAGAUCAUCAAUGCUGUUCUAGCCAAUUCGCACCCAGCGGCGUUGGAGGACGAGUCCACGUCGAGACCAACAGCUGCACACAUUGCAACAGACGAUAAAGCUGUACUGGCUGCACUGUCGGCUACUGCUAGCAUGCCUUCAGCUCCUGGUGCUGUGGCGAAUGCAGCUGCUCCUGCAUAUGGCGAAGAUGCUGGUGCAAGUGGCAGCGGCGGUGGUGUACCUUCGGGUCCCUCAGCUCCGGCGCUGGCGGUAGAUGAUGAUGGCUUUCAAGUUCCUUCUGCUGCUGAUGUUGCCGAUGUCUCUUCUGCGGGCGGCAAAUCGACAGAGAAGGCGGCAGCUGGCAAGGGCAAAGCCAAGCAAGAACAUUCUUUGCUUCCCGCUCCACCGACUGCGGUAGAAGCAGCUUUCUCGCCUUUCGAUCAACCGUAUCGUCUCUCUGCUGUACCUCCUGGGGGCGCUAGUGUGCCGGAGUCGGCUCCAACGGCAAGGAAGAGCGAAAAGCAGAAGGAGGCGGAGGAAGAACAGUUGGCGAACCUGGUCGCUUCACAGCCAGCAGUGGGUGUCCCGGUGUAUGAAAGGGUGGAUGCCAGUGCGCCGCCGCUGCUGGGUGAGGGUGAAGAAGAGCAAGGGGAAAGGAGAGUGGGUGAGGGAUUGCCUGCUUACGAGCGCAAGACGGCUCAAGCUUCAGCUCCUUCUGCCCCGUCAGCUCCUCCAGCAGACGAUCAUGAGGAGGAGAACGAUCGCCAGCGCUGA